AUGGUCGCCGCGCGGCUUUUUGACUUGACAGCCGAGACGUUCCUCGGCUCGUACUUCCGCUACCUGGCUGACCAGCCGUUGCUCCGCUUCAUCUCGGGCAACGUCGCCGCCCUGUACAAAAAUUAUUCGGGCCUCGAGUAUGAUUCGGAACCGGCCGAGCAGUUGGCUGUCGGCAUCGUGGUCCACGGUCCGUGCAACCACGAGGGAUGCCGCGAGAGGGAUGUGCUCAAUCAUGGAGUGUCCGACAGCGGCGAGUUCGACCCGUUGCUUGACAGCGAUGACGACGAGGAAGAAGAUGACGACCCCGAGCACGAGCACGAAAACGAGCACGAGCCUGAUUAUAGCGAUAACGAGGACAAGCCGUCCACCUCCAUGCGGCACCGCAAGCCGAACGUGCCGGCCGAGACGGAUUGC